CCCCACGUUAGCUGAAAUGGGAAAAAACUUGAAGGAGGCAGUGAAGAUGCUAGAGGACAGUCAGAGAAGAACAGAAGAGGAAAAUGGAAAGAAGCUCAUAUCCAGAGAUAUUCCAGGCCCACUCCAGGGCAGUGGACAAGAUAUGGUGAGCAUCCUCCAGUUAGUUCAGAAUCUGAUGCAUGGAGAUGAAGAUGAGGAGCCCCAGAGCCCCAGAAUCCAAAAUAUUGGAGAACAAGGUCAUAUGGCUUUGUUGGGACAUAGUCUGGGAGCUUAUAUUUCAACUCUGGACAAAGAGAAGCUGAGAAAACUUACAACUAGGAUACUUUCAGAUACCACCUUAUGGCUAUGCAGAAUUUUCAGAUAUGAAAAUGGGUGUGCUUAUUUCCACAAAGAGGAAAGAGAAGGACUUGCAAAAAUAUGUAGGCUUGCCAUUCAUUCUCGAUAUGAAGACUUCGUAGUGGAUGGCUUCAGUGUGUUAUAUAACAAGAAGCCUGUCAUAUAUCUUAGUGCUGCUGCUAGACCUGGCCUGGGCCAAUACCUUUGUAAUCAGCUCGGCUUGCCCUUCCCCUGCUUGUGCCAUGUACCCUGUAACACUAUGUUUGGAUUCCAGCAUCAGAUGGAUGUUGCCUUCCUGGAGAAACUGAUUAAAGAUGAUAUAGAGCGAGGAAGACUGCCCCUGUUGCUUGUCGCAAAUGCAGGAACGGCAGCAGUAGGACACACAGACAAGAUUGGGAGAUUGGAAGAACUCUGUGAGCAGUAUGGCAUAUGGCUUCAUGUGGAGGGUGUGAAUCUGGCAACAUUGGCUCUGGGUUAUGUCUCGUCAUCAGUGCUGGCUGCAGCCAAAUGUGGUAGCAUGACGAUGACUCCUGGCCCGUGGCUGGGUUUGCCAGCUGUUCCUGCGGUGACACUGUAUAAACACGAUGACCCUGCCUUGGCUGGAGCGCAAUGGUGCAAUCUCGGCUCACUGCAUCCUCCGCCUCCCAGGUACAAGCUGUUUUCCUAUCUCAGCCUCCCAAGUAGAUCAGAUUACAGGCAUGUGCCACCACACCCGGCUAAUUUUUUUAUAUUUAGUAGAGAUGGGGUUUCACCAUGUUAGGCUGGUCAUGAACUCCUGACCUCAGGUGAUCCACCUGCCUCGGCCUCCCAAAGUGCUGGGAUUACAGGUGUGUGCCACUGCACUCUGCCUUUCUUUUAAAGACAUAGUUUCACUCUGUCUCCCAGGCUGGAGUGCAGUGGCACGAUCUUGGCUCAGUACAACCUCCACCUCCUGGGUUCAAGUGAUUCGUGUGCCUCUGCCUCCCGAGUAGCUGGGACUACAGGCGCAUGUCACCAGGCCCGGCUAAUUUUUGUAUUAGAGGCAGGGUUUCGCCAUGUUGGCCAGGCUGGUCUCGAACUCCUGACCUCAAGUUCCCACCUUGGCUUCUCAAAGUGCUGGGGUUACAGGAGUAAGACACCGUGCCUGGACCCCCCAACCCAUUUUGUUUUGAUUCCUUUAUAAAUUAGUAUAAUGGAAGGUGUUUUUGUUUGUUUGUUUUUUAUAACAGGUAAUGAAAUACUCUAAUUCAGUAAAUAUUGAUGCUUCUAGGGAGAUGUGUGUGUGUAUGUGUGUCUGUGUGUGUAUGUAU